AUGCAGUUUGUUUUUUGUUAUAAUUCCAAAUUGAUUUCAAAUUAUGGAAGAUAUAUUAGAUUAAGAAAGUUUCAUUCGAAGCCUCUAAUUUUUGGCAUCGAAACUUCCUGUGAUGAUACAGGUUGUGCUAUUGUUGAUGGCAGAGGAAAUCUUUUGUCAGAAUCACUUCAUUGCCAAAAUUUAAUACAUCUUCGCAAUGGGGGUAUUAUACCAGAUGUGGCUCAAGACCUUCACAGGAGGUACAUAGAAUUAACAGUUGAAGAUACUUUGAAAAAAGCAAAUUUGAGUAUGGAUGAUAUUACUGCUUUAGCUGUUACUUUACAACCAGGUUUACCUCUUAGCUUAGCAGUAGGAAUGAAAUAUGCAAAACAUUUAGCACGGAAGUUUAAUAAACCUUUUAUACCAAUUCAUCAUAUGGAAGCUCAUGCCUUAGUUUCUAGAAUGCAACAUAAUAUACCAUUUCCAUAUCUCACACUUCUAAUAUCUGGAGGACAUUGUCUACUAGCCAUAGUUCAGGAUAUCAACCAAUUUAAACUGCUUGGGGAAAGCUUAGACUCUGCACCGGGAGAAGUAUUCGACAAAGUAUCUAGGAGACUUAAAUUAAGAAACGUUCCUGAAUAUUCUAAAAUGUCUGGUGGCCAGGCAAUAGAGGCAUCAGCUUCUAAAGCAAGCGAUCCUCAUUGUUUUAAGUUACCCUUACCGUUAGCAAAUUAUAAAGACUGUAAUUUUAGCUUCAAUGGCCUUAAAACAUCUACCCUGCUUCAUUUGCAUAGAAAAGAGAAAGAACAUAAUAUUGAGGGUGAUGAACUGAUACCAGAGGUAAGUGAUUUGUGUGCAGCCUUGCUAAUGGCUGUAACAAGGCAUCUUGUACAUAGAACUCAAAGGGCCAUUGAGUUUUGUAAACAAAGAAAAUUAAUACCAGAAACUGAAGGAAGAUUAGUUGUAUCUGGUGGUGUGGCUUGUAACAAUUUUAUAUUUAAAAAUUUAACAAUUUUGUGUAAUGAAAUGGAGUAUGACAUUUUUAGACCUGAUCCUAAAUUGUGCACAGAUAAUGGUGUUAUGAUAGCAUGGAAUGGUCUUGAAAAAUGGCGGGGAGGUGUAGAUAUUGUUACAGAUUUAAAUAGUUUAGAUAUUAAAGCAGUCAGUCCAUUAGGUGAUUAUAACGCUGAUACAUUAGAUAAGAAUGCUUGUCUGAACUGGCGUCGCUAUGGAGGGCUUGUAAGAGAAUCGCCGAUUAUAAACUUGGUCCACCUUUACGAACCAGAACUUUUUGAAACAAUCUUUCGUCAAAACGAUCGUUAUCCGGCUAGGAGAAGUCACAUAGCAAUGCUGCAUUAUCGACUUGGAAUGGACCAGAUUGGUGGCGCAUACGAAGUGCGUUUCAAAGAAACUUUUCAGGGCCUCAAAAUGCAAAAAAAAUACGUGGCAGUUACUGAUAGAGUUGUUACCCAAUUCUUGCAGUGGUUGAAAGACAAAGAAAUGUCAACGAUUACAGACUUUUUGCCUUACUUGAACCGGCUUAAUCUAGAAGUCAUCGGUGCGGUGGUCUUUGAUGAGAGUUUUAAUAGUUUCUCCGAUCCCGAACAGCUUGUAAGCUCUCGUAGCAACAAAAUCAUAUCGGCAGCUUUUGGAUCAAACAGCGGUAUUAUGAAACUUGACAAGGGCGUUAUGUGGAAACUAUUUACAACGCCCCUUUAUAGAAAGCUAGCGAAAUCUCAAGAAUAUUUAGAAAAGGUAUCGAAAGACAUUUUGCUAAAGAAAUUGAAUUAUUACGCAAUCAAUUCAGAAUCUAAUGACAGUUCCCUUUUAUCGUCUUUUAUGCAACUUCCGGGUGUCGACGUGAAAGAUAUUGUUGGUAUGAUGGUGGAUAUAUUAAUGGCUGGUAUCGAUACCACUUCCUACACGACAAGUUUUGCAUUAUACCACAUAGCGACAAAUCCUGAUUGUCAAAAAGAGUUAUUUAGAGAAGCUCUUAGUUUGCUACCAGACGAGAAGACCGAAAUAUCUGCUUCGGUACUUGCAAAGGCAGUCUACCUUAAGAGUUGCGUUAAGGAAAGCCUUCGAUUAAAUCCAGUGGCGAUAGGCGUUGGUAGAGUGCUACAGAACGAUGUGAUUUUGAAGGGAUAUAAAAUUCCAUCAGGGACAGUGGUGGUCACUCAAAAUAUGGUAGCCUCGCGCCUACCGCAAUAUGUCCGGAAUCCCUCACGAUUUAUCCCAGAGCGAUAUUUGCGAGGUUCAACACAGUACGAAGAUAUACAUCCGUUUCUGAGCUUACCAUUUGGUUUUGGACCAAGAUCCUGCAUAGCUAGACGGCUAGCUGAACAGAAUAUGUGCAUAACUAUUAUGAAAAUUGUCCGCAAUUACAAGAUUGAGUGGCUUGGUGGAAAGCUUGGUGUUAAAACAUUACUUAUAAACAAACCUGAUCAACCGAUUUCAUUGAAGUUGACCCCAAGAUCUGGAAUUUAA